UUUGAAAAAAAAACUGUUUUUAACCUGUUCAGCAGGUCAUUUUUCUUCUUUGGAGGUUUUUUAUGAUAAAAAUGUCAUUUUGAAGGUUAAAAGUGUUAGUGAAAAAACUUCAAGGUUUAAAGUGCUAGUAAGUGACACUUUCAAGGUUUUUUAUGCGAUUUUCUCUUAUUUAAAGUGCUUCUUCUCAUAUUUAUCACGGACCGUCAAAAUAUUGGGCUUCAUUUAGUACUGAAUGAUACAUUGAUGAUUUUUUUUUUUUUUGAAAAAUGAUAAAUUGAUGCUUCCUAAUACACUAUAGAAUCAAUCUGUUUUUGAAUGAGUGCCAUUUUUAACAUUUCUUUUAUCAAAAAAAGUUUAUUUUAGAAUUUCAAUACUUUUUUAAUUUAAUUUUAAUUAUAAAUGCAUUGAUUUUAUAAAUAAAUUUAUUUAUCUAAAAAAUUACUGGUUGAGUAUUUUUAAUUAAUAAGUACAUUAAUAUAUUCAAUCUUUUUUUUAAUUUUUGCGAAAAUAUUAAAGUGACACUUUUUUGCGAAACGGUGAGAGUAUUAGAUUUUUUUUAUAGAAAUUGGUGUAUCACUUAUUUCUCAAUUUGAAAAUAAAAUGGCUAUGGUUAAUAUAUAAAUAUUUUUAUUAAAAACAUCAUAAUACGUAUACAAUUUUAUUUUAUUUUCAUUAAAUAGUAAAACAAAUAAACACUAUGAAAUCAAAUUAUCUAAUAUACACACACAUACAAAUAUAAUAGUUAUAAAAGGUUCUGACACGUGCCCAAAAAAGGGUUCUGAUCCCCACCUAUAAGUUAUGUGUACAAUCUUAAACACAUGAAGUAAUUAUUGUCGGCAUUAUCGUUAGAGGCAUUGGUGAAUUCUCUAAUUUUUAAUUAGAUAAUAAUGCAAUUCAGUUAUUUAAUUAAUUUUUAAUAUCUACAUAAAAUUAGAUCACUUCUAAAUAAACAUAAGCAUCAACACAUUUAUCUGGAACUAAAGAACAGAACUAAACAAAAAAAAAGAAGUUUGGUUUGAUUUGGACGCUACCAAUUACCCUAGCGGAUCAUAUAGUUAUCCUAUAGAACCAAAACCAAGUUAGACCAAACUAAAAAUCGAUUAGAUACAUAAAUUUCUAUAAUAUAAUUUAUAUACUUAUAAAUAUUAAUUAUAUUUAGUUUUAAAAUAAUCAAAUAAUUUUAAAAUACUGUUUAUAAAUCAAAAUACCCAAAAUAAAUUUACCAGAAUAUAUUUUAUUCGUUUCUUACGAUAAUUAAUUACAGUGUACUCUUAAUGAAUUAAAUAUAUCUAUAUUUUGUGAAGUUUUUUUUCUGAAUCACAUUAUAUAAAAGUAUAUUUUCGUUUUAUUUUUUUAUAAAUGUUCCUUAUCAUAUAGGUUAUUUGGAAAAUAAAAGGAAAAAAUAAACCUAAAUAAAAAAGAACGAAUAUAUAUUUUCUUAUAAAAUAUAAUCUUAAGAAACAUAAUAUAUAUAUUAAAAUAAUAAGUAUUUUAUUUAAAUGAAUAAUAUUACUCAAAUUAUUACAAAAAAUAAAUAGCAUAAACUAUAAUGGAUAAAAAAAUAUCUUUUUAUUUUUGUAUGUAUGUUUCAAAAGAACAUAUAUAAUUUUACAAAAUGUAAAAAGAAAAAAUAUUGUUUUAAAUAUGAUCUUAUUUCAUGAAAAAUAAGUUUACAAAAAUGAUCUUGAUAUCAGAGUAGAGAAAUAAUAUCCCCUUUUAAAUGUAUUGAUUAAGUUUUUAUACAAUUUUGUACCGAUCAUCACUUUCUUUUUUCUUAUUUUAUGUUUGCAAAUCAACAUUAUAUCAAAUUAUUAAAAAUUAAAAAAAUAGUUACACAUCUAAUGAAGAACUAAACUAAUACACUGAAUACUAUUAAUUUGGUUUGACCGAAUUAGAUUAAAUAGUUGUAUUUUGAUUUGAAUGAAUAUAUGUAAUACAAAAUACCAACAAAAUGAGUAAUUGGACCAAUCUCAAUUCUUAUGUCCAAAAUAAAAAAAUUUAACUAAAUAUAAUAAUAAAAUACUAUUUAUAAUAGUAAUAUAUAUAUAAAAAUUAUUGAACAACUCAACAUAUUAAUAAAAAAAAUUAAAAUUUUCAAAUAAUUUUAAGAGAUUUUAACUAAAAUCUUACGAUUAACUUAUUUUGUAUAAUAUAUAUAUAUAUUCAUAUAUAUAUAUAUAUAUAUAUAUCGAGACAUAUACAUCGAGUUUAUUUAACUUUGAACCGAUCAACUUUAGUUUAUUUUUACUAUUUGACUCUAAAAAUAACGUAUAUUAAAUUAUAUAUAAUCGUACUAAAAUAUAUUUACAAACCUAAGAUAAAAUCAAAUAUAUGCAGAUAAAAAAUUAAUCAGAUUUAAUCUAUAGAACAAAAAUACUAUGCUUGAAUAAGAAAAGUAGAUGUUAUCCAAUAUAUUCAAAUAAUAACUAAACAGACAAGAUAUUAUAUAUUAAAAAUCAUACAUCUAAUUAAAUAAAUAAUAUUGUUAAAAUAAAUCAUGAAUAUUAAUUACAAUAUAAAUUAAAAUAAUUUAAAAAAAAAUAAUUAAUAAUUUAUUUACUUUGUAAAUAUUUAUAUGAAAAAAACACAUAGUUUUAGUGUAAAAUAAUACAUAUGUAGAUGUAUAAGUACAAUCUUUGAUUAUAGUUUCAUCUAAAUACUUAUGGGUUACUUUAAGAACAUAUGUUAACAAUAAAACAUUUUAUUGUUCAUUUAUAGUCAGUAUAUGUUUUGUCUAACCAUUUUAAUAUUUUGAUAUAAGCUUUAAGUACAAAUAAAUACAUAUAGUUUCUUGAAAACAAAUAAAUGGUGUUUCAAGUACAAAAUUACGAUCAAAAUCAUAUCAAAAUGUAUUCCUUACCAGAUAAUAUUUUAUCAUUGGUGUCAAAUGUUAUUUCUUUUUGGAAAAUAUCUUGUCAAAAUAUUGUUUGCUAUUUCAUACUGUCUUUUCAGUGUUUAUUGGUUAUAAAUAUAGAUUAUUAUUAUGACUGAAUAUUCAUUAGUCUUAGUGAAAAUAACUUAAUAAAUGAUAUUUAUUUUAUUUCAUGUUUUAUAAAUUUUAUUAACUUAUAUUUUUAUUAGAUGAAUCCAAAAGUUUUUUAAUAAUAAACUCGUAAUAUGAGGUUUCUCACACAUGUAAAUAAUUUUUUUUAGUGUAAUAGAACUUUAGAACUUUAUUUUUUAUGGUUUAUACUAAUGCAUUCAUUUGCUAUUUAUAAUUUACUGGGAAUUUUUUGUUUCAAUUUGUAGUGUCAAACCUAUUUUAUUUAGAUUUUAAAUUUAUUAUAAUCAGUUUUAGAUUAAUAAAAUCCUAAAACAUCAUAUGCAAUAUGUUUUAUACUAAAAUAUGUGUAUGGUUGUUCUGUUCUAUAAAAAAAUUAUAUUAUUAUUUGCUCUUGUAAUAUCAACACGUAUAUAAGAAAUUGUACAAUAAAUAUGAGAUGUGAAAUAUACAGAAAAAGUAGGUAACAAAUAUUUAAUUAUGGACAUGAACUACACUUAUUGUUUAGUGUAAAACUGAUUCAUAUAUAGUAUAUAAGGAAAAACUUUUGAUUUUAGUUUCAUAUAAAUAAUUACGGGUAUAGUAUAUUUUUAAUAUCUUGAGAUAAACUGCGUGGAAAAAGAAAAUACAUAUAGUUGCUUCAAAAACAAACAAAUGGUGUUUCAGCUACAAGAUUACGGCCAAAACCGUACUCCCCAAUGCUAUCCUUAACAAAUCUAAUCUAUCAAAGCCAGUUUUUUACAACCAAUUAAAACAUAGAAUCAAAGGCUUUGUGUCGGAAAAUAUAAAUUCAUAAAAGAUCAUCUUCUAGACAUCCAAAAUGAUAUUGAAUUUACCAUUAGAGUAUAUGAAAACUUGAAUGACUAGUUAUCUUGAUAUUUCACAUUUAAGUAUCUUAUAUAUUGAAUUAAUAUUUUGUUAUCUUUGAACAAGGAUUUUGUCAAGUUUUAUCAAAAUAACUUGGGUUUCCUAAUGUUUUAUGGAUCUUUAUUAAUAUCUUGUAAUUAGUACAAAAUGUAUAAUAAUGUCAGUUUGGCCUUUUUGACAUACAACAACAUAUAUCAGAAAUACAUUUGCCAACUAACUAAAUGUUUAUAACUCCACAAAACCUCUUACAUCAUGUGAUCCUUGAUUACACGGAUCGUAGCAUUUUUUGUAGUUUUGUUUUAUUCCAAAAAAAAAGUAUGAAGAUGUAAAAAAAAGAUUAUAAAGGUGUUCAAAAAAAGUUUUACUCCAAAUCUAUUUUAAAUCAGAUUAUUGCAGUGUCAAAAUUAUAAAAUGAUUAAGACGUGAGUAUAAGUAAAGGUAAAUAGUAAACUGAUAUUAUUUAAGUGUCCGGGGAACAAGAGCAUUAAAUAUUAUGAAGAAAAUAGUGAAAACAAAUGCGAUCAAUAUGUUUUCGAAUAUAUUUAUUCUAUAUAAAACUAGAUCAUUAUCUGCGCUGCGGUUUUUUUAUAUAUUUUUGUUUAUUUAUAAGAUUUAUUUUUAUUUUUAUUAAAUUAAAUUAAAUCAUUUGCACGUAUUGUAAACAUAAUAUUUUAAAACACAAAUUUAUAUUAACAUUCACAUCAUAACUAUUGUUGUAGAAACUAACUAAAUGGUUCUGUUUUAAUUUUCGAAAUUUUGGUUCAUUUAAAUUAACAAAAAGUUCUGAACUAUAAAACAAAAACUAUUUUGAGUUCGUUUUUUUUUCAGUAAUUUUAUGUUUCUAUAGUUUAAGUAAAUUUUGGAAGGUUGUCGAACAUAACUUACGAAAAAGAAAGUAAAAUUGUCACUUGAAGUCUUGAAUAUUAAAUUUCAACGAUUUAUAUAUAUGUGUGUAUAUAUUUGUGGAUGUAGUAUUUAGAUUAAUUAAAUGGUCCUCAUCGAGAGGAAUACCUUCUUCACAUUUUUUGGGACUAAAGAUUCUUCCAAGUAGGAAAUUGAUAUCAAACCGGCCAUCUUUAUUAGCAGCCAUGUAAGCUACAUCAUUGAUAUGUGGAUGGUCAUAGACAUCAUGAGUCUCAACAACACACAGAUUCCACUAUCUCGUCCUGCAAUAAACUCAACAAAACCUCUCUUUAGCUACUCAUUCAUUGCACAAGACAAUCUUCACAUCAAAGAUGAAAAUUAAAACUCACAACUUGGUAAGGUCUUCUAUCCACUCUCGCCUGAGUCAAUCCGAGCUAAAGAAUUCUUAAUUUUCGUGUAGUGUUCUAUUUUUCUUUCGAUUGUUUAGUGUCAAUCUAAAAUAGAGAAUAACCCCAUAGCUCCAUUGGGAAUCUCAUGGCCUACUGUGGCAAAAGAGGAUCAGAAAAUAUAUUCUAGACCAUGAGCCCUCUCAACAGCAACAAAAACUUAUAGAGAACAAAGAGUCCUAGAAACAUACCAAACUAAAACCAACUCAAAGCACAAUUAACGAAGGAAAAACGACUUGACCAAUUUGAAACAAGUAAGCUAUCGUGUUAUUUUUGCGUGCUGUUUGAUCAAAUUACAUGAUACUAGACAUGGGUACAUUUAUCCGGAACUGAAGAACCAAAUUGAACCGGACCAAAAAACGAGGUUCGGUUCGGGUUUGAAUCUUAUAAAUUAUCCGAGCGGAUCUUAUAUCUUUAGAACCGAAAAAUUAAAACCGAACUGUAAUCAAACUGAAAACUGAAUAGGUAUCCGAAAUUCUAUAAUAUAGUAUAUACUUAUAAAUAUUAACUAUAUUUAGUUUUCAAAAUAAUCAAAUAAUUUAAAAAUAUUCUUUAUAAAUCAAAAUACGCAACAAAGCAGAAUUACUAAAAUAUUUAUUAUCAGAAAUGUUUAAAAUUAUUCGAUUUUCCAAAUUUUUAUCCGAAAACUCGAAUGUCUGAUAUUUAUUCAAAAAUAUCCGAAUUUUCAGACUGUUUAACCCGAAUUAACCAAAAACCAGAAGCGAACCGGAACCGAAUAUAAUCCAAAAUUACUUUUGUUAUUAGCUGACUCCCCCAACUUUGCUAUCCAAACUGGAUACUAAAAUAACUGAACCACUAAAAUAACUGAAAGAAUCGAAAUGAGAACAACCGAAAGAAUCGAAAUGAGAACCGAAUGCCCAGGACUACAUGAUACAUCUAAUUAAGUUCCACCAUUUUAUACGAUUUGUUACUUAUUAUUUGGCAAGUAUGCACAAAAAUAUACUCUCUAAGGUAUUUACCCAAAUUUAAAUAGAAGUCAAUAAAUUUUUGGAGAGUAUAGAAGUUAAAGCUUUAAAUAUUCAGAUCACUGUGUGAAACUACUAUUGUCAAUUGUUUUAUUGUUUGUGCUUAUAGGAAGUAUAGUUUUUCAAGAACUAACGGUUAAAAUUUUAAAGUAGAUCACAUUCAAAAUUACGAAAAGAAAUUUUUUAAAAUAUACUCCAAACGAUCUUCCAUAAUUUUAGCAAACACAUACAUAAUAUAAUUUAAUUUUGUCACUUAGUAAAUAUAAUCAUCUGCCAUAACAAGAAGUACACUCAAGAGGUUAAUUUUACCAGCGCCAUUUUGACGUUUAUGCCAAUAAAAUAGAACAAGUUGACGUAAGACAGAAGAAUCUUUUUUCUUGAUGUUUUCUCCUUGGUUAUUGAAACUAUGAAUAACCAUAUGCUCUGUACAUUUCUACACCUAUUGGACUGGAAUAGUUUUUUAUCAUACAUAAAAUAUUUGCUUUUAUACCAAACUAAAAGUUUGACGGUGCCUUCGUUUUCAUGAAUCUGAAAUGGUUGAAAUACAUCAGAUUUUUGUAGAUAACAGACCAUAAGUAAUUUACAUACAUAUAUAUUAGUAUAUCAGUUGCUAGAUUACAUUUUGUAACCAUACUUGAUCGAAUGAAUUUAGGGUAUGUUUAUUGAAGAAUUCUUAAAGUGAGAUUUUUAGCGUAAAUAUAAGAAUCGUCUCUUAAAUUUUAAUUAAAAAAAUAAAAAUUGACCCUUAAAUAAGAGUUUUAAGAAACCAUUCAAGUUUUUCUUAGUUAAAGUUAAGAGACGGUUCAUAUAUUACGCUAAAAAUCUCAUUUUAAGAACUCUCCAAUAAACAUGGUUUUUGCAACGCCUAUUUGGUUCUGAACAAAGAGAUUGCAAUACAAAGAUAUAUUUGGUUCAUAAUAUUUUAUUUAAUCAGCCCAACUAGAUGGCAUAGAUUCUAUUUUGAACACUACUUAUAUUAAAAUAUUUUUGCUAGGCAAUAAUUUGACUAGUCAAACAAUAUUUAAUGUUGUUUGAUACAUUAUUCUUUAAAUUUAAGAAUGACUAAAAUUAUAUGCAUAUAUAUAUCAUGCAUAUCUAACUAUAUAUAGAGAAACACAACAUAUAUUCAAUUCGGUAUUUAUGCUUCGACCGAUGAUACUUCAUAGUAGUUUGUUUGUACGUCGAUUAACUAACGAUCAUCAAAAAUCGGUCUUAUAACAUAUAAUUGGAGGGUUCAUUCACUUCUAUCCUCUAUUUGGAAAAUCUUAAUUAGGAGAAUUAUAAGAUAAGAAUGGUUAAUUAAAAAUUGAAAGGAGAGCAGCUUCUUCAAGGAGGGUUUAACCUAGUUGAGCUCUUAAUCCAAGGAGAAGGUCAAAUAAAUAUAUGUUAAAGUAGGAGACACGGAAACAGCUCUCACGUUCCCCUCUUCUCUCAUCUUACCCGCACUAAUGAACAACAAACUAAAUUUAUAUGAAAAUUAAAAUGUUAAAAGAGUUAUAUCUUCGAGGAAUAAUUAAACAUAUAAUUUUCGUGUUCUCUCCUGUGAUCCUCCAUAAAUCCUAUCAUCUCUAAUCACACUUACCUUUCUCUCUUCAUAAUAUUACUCUUUGAGUAGUGGCCAAAUUCCCAUCUCCCAAAGCUUACUUUGAGUGUGUUCUCAUGAAACCGGCAUGGUUGGAUGCGCUUUACGCAGAGAAAUUCUUCGUGGGAUGUCCGUACCAUGAGACGGCAAAGAAAAACGAGAAGAACGUGUGUUGUCUUGAUUGUUGCAUCAGUCUCUGUCCUCACUGUGUACCCUCACAUAGAUAUCACAGACUCCUUCAGGUUCGCCGCUAUGUGUAUCACGAGGUUAUUCGGCUUGAAGAUCUUCAGAAACUCAUCGACUGCUCUAACGUUCAAGCUUAUACAAUAAAUAGUGCCAAAGUGGUGUUCAUCAAGAAGAGACCACAGAAUCGACAAUUCAAAGGAGCUGGUAACUACUGCACUUCAUGUGACCGAAGUCUUCAAGAACCUUUUAUACAUUGCUCAUUGGGCUGUAAGGUGGAGUUCGUGAUGAAACGUUACAGGGAUAUAACUCCAUUCAUAAAGCCAUGUCACACUCUUACCCUAGGUCCUGACUACAUCAUCCCACAAGACUUACACGCAGAUGAUAAUAUGGCUGCCUACGAGACUCCACGAUCAACGGUCGUAGACGGUGAUGAUUCCAUGGGCUGGUCGUCGACUUCCUCCGAACUAGGAGAUGCUGCGACCACCACCCAUGUCGUUAGGAAAAAGCGAACUGGUUUCUGCUUCUGUGCCAAAUCGGCUAAUAGUUAUAAAAUAGUUUCGGAGGAUCCUGACGAUAUUUCCAAUUGCAUCAAUCGGCGCAAAGGCAUUCCUCAACGAUCUCCUCUCUGUUAAAGUUCUCUUUUAAGUUUUGCUUUUGUUUUUUAAAAUCUCUUUUUAGUUUAUUUUCACCAUAUAGUCUCGUGUUACAUGUAUGGAUUGCUGUCUCUCAAUCUAAUAAAGUUUAUAAUCACUCAUUUAUUGUUACGUUGAUAAGUUUGAUUACGUAUAGGGUACUUUAGCACAUCUUAAAAGGAAAAAGGUGAGAAAUGAAUUAAUUAAUUAACAGUUGGUCAGUGAAUAAAGGAUUCACCUUCCCAGUUACUACUAUACUUGUCUUCUUGUUAAUAGCCGAAAUUUUAAAAGUUCAUGCUUUUAUGAAUAUUUCCUCUUUUUCAUACCAUAAUAAGCAAAAUGACGUCAUUUGGUUCAACCAUGGUUUUUAGCGACUAAUUAACUCCAUUUUAAGAUAUGUUAAUUUACUUAACAACAUGUCUAAUUUGGUAAGUCAACAAUAGUUUAGGAUUUAAGAUGAAAGUCAAAAAACAAUUUGAUGUUUUAAAUUGUCUACGAGAAAGUUGAUGCAUUAAAUGGUCCAAAUGUAAACGUUGAGGUUUUUAUUACAUUUUUCCCAAUUUAGUUUGGCUCGGUCAAUAUAAUUUUAUAUAUUUUUGGAUUGACAUAGUGUUCGGAUUUCUUCAAAAAAUGGUGUAAGUUCAAUAUGUUUCUGCUCGUUGAAAGUAGGUUCUACUCUUGAUGAAUGCACUUGGAAUUUUCAGUUCCAUGGCAAUGGUACUAAGCAAUAAGAAAUAGUUCUAGAAUGUCGUAGCAGACUGAAAGAUGAUGUAUAUUAGCCAGUUUUCUAAAAAUUGGUAUAGGUAGCGUUAAAGACGUCGUAGGACCUAAACAAAAUAAUUUUUAAACAGUUUUUUUCUUUCAAAAAGUCGGUCUAAGUAUUUAGUAAAUUAGUAUAGGCAUCGGCGAAAUCAAUAAUCUUCUAUAACUUGUUUAGCUACUACCUGGCUAGUUUUUGAAUACUGAUAUUAGCUAUUCAAAUUUUUAACUCCAAUGACGACAAUCAAAACAUUUUAGCAAAAUAUUUUUUGAAAUUCUCUCUACAUAUGCCGCCAUACAAAACCCACAUAUAUUCCGAAACACUCCAACAUGAAGUCAGCACUUAUCCCUUUUAAGACACACCAAUCUUACAUCGGUUACUUAUUCUAUCGAUACUAGAUACCUGUGGCUGAUUCAGAAAUCACCAAAACAUAGUAUUUGAAUUAUUUUAUCUCAAAUAAGAUUAAUAUCAGAACUCUAAAAUAAACAUUAAGUGUUUGAUUGAAUGGAAGGUUGUGCAAUAUGUUAUAAUAUUUAUGUUUGUAUUCAGUUUGUGUAUGUGUACAUAAAUUUAUAAUAAUAGUUAUAUAAAUAUAUAAUAAUAUGUAUAUAAAUAAGAUACUAAAUAUGAGUAAAUAAUAAAUUAACUUAACACAAUUUAUAAUAAUAGUUAUAUAAAUUAUAAUAAUAUGUAUAUAAAUUUUAUAUUUUAUUACAUUUAUAAAUUACUAAAAAUACUUUUAUUAUGAAAAUAGCUAAUAAUAUAACGUUUUAUAAGCUUAUUUUUAAUUUGUAUAGUAUUUUGGAUUAUUUUUAUCCAUUUUCACAUUCACAUAUAUUUUUGACUGUUAGAUUUGCUUAAUCCACAUUUGUACCAUUAGAUCUAUUUGAUCCAUUUAUCUACUUUUGUUUCACUCAAUCUAUUUGAUCCUCAAUGCGUAAACUUCUUUUUCAUCAGGAGCUUAAAAAUUCUGAAUUUUCAGACGGGAUUAAAAUGUAAAGAAUAUUGUGGCAGAAUACAAAGGAGAAGGUGAUGACAUCGGAUCCUCUGCGUUGCACGUGAGGCACUGAUCCAUUGAUCUUUUCCCUCUUUCAUUUUACAUUGUCCUACAUUUCCAUUUUUUAAAGAUUCUUCUAUUGAAAGGAUGAAAGAUAACAAAAGAAGUACCGGGCCUAGUCCAGUGUUUUGCUUGUCAUACAUUUGUUGUUUUCUUUUAAUUGUUUAUCUCCUUUUUGGGGUUCGUAAAAUUGUAUGGUUAAAGUUUGAGUCCACGUGCCAUGUACUUUUACCGAAUUGGUCGGUUCUGACUUAUGUGAGUUUACGCUGAAUAAACAGAUAUUUUUGUCUGUUUUGAGUUGAGUGUUUUCAGUAUUAAAAGAACAACGAUUGUUAGGUUGAACAGUAUUCUGUGGUUAUAAAAUUAGCGUUCAUUAAUUAUUGUUAUUAUGCCCAGAAAAAAUUAUUGUUAUUAAAAAUUAUGAACCAAACAGGCUGAACACGUUUUGGCAUGAAUAUGAAAAUAGAAGGAUGUUUUCCUAUGUACAAAGCAAACUCGGACCUCAUUUCCAACCUUUAUAGCGGUCAAAAAUAUUCCUAGCCUUGAUUUAAGUAUUUUAUGUGAUUAUCAAAAAAUUUCAAAACAUUUUCUACCAAAAUAUGGUUAAAAUGUGGUAGGAAAUUCAAUGUCAAUCAUUAGAUAGUUGCCAAAAAUCGAAUUUAUUUUGUUCAAAAAUUCUAUAGAAAAAUAAUUAUUUAUAGCAUAUUAUAUUUGCUUUAAGUUUAGUGUUUAUGUAUAAAAUAACAUGUAGACCAUUAAAAAACUGACUUAUUUCUAAAAAUAAAUAUUAACAUUAUAAUAUGAUUUUUGUUUUUAUUUUAUUAAAACAGUGCAGAAAAUAUAUGGUCUAUGUGUAAUUAAAUCUCUCACAUAAAACAUUAUCUCCUUUUAUUAUUGUUUUUAAUUUGUUAUAAAAGUUUUUCGUAUUAAAAACGAAAUGAGCAUUACAAGGAAAAUGUUUUAAUAUAAAGGUAAGAAAAGAGCCACCUCGAAACAAUAACAUGUGAAGCAACAACGGAAGAGAAGACACAAAAGAUGAAAGAAAGAAACAGAGAGCUACUACAAUUAAAGACCAUAACAUAAUCGCACUAGAUCUUCACCAACAGUUCUUAAGUG